CUGUAAUUACUAUCAAUAGAUGAUGCAGUGCAGUCUCCUAAUGGAUUGACCUGCACACCAUGUACAGCUGCCUUUAUAAUGGUUUCCGCUGGUGGCAUCAGUCAGUCUUAAGUGCAAAGACCACUGGAGCCAAACACAGCUCCAUCAAGCUCUCUAUACCAUACACAGACUGUGCUUCAUAAACCCACGGAGAUAAACAACCCAUGAUGAAAUCCUGGAACUUUAAUGCUUGACCAGACAUUUAUCAGACCUAACUGCUGACCUCCAGACAAGGAGUCUUAUUUUUCCUGACUGGUGGAAAAUGGAGAAAACCCUGCUUUUGUUUCGUGUUGUGUGCCCUACGCUGUAAACAAUGGAGACAUCUGGAUUACCUCAAGCAGCGGAGCUUAAUGAAACUCAACUUAAUGAGACAUUAAGACAUGGCAACCCAAUACACCUGUCUCCCGGCAUGCAACUGGGCACCAUGUCCAAUCCUCAAUCACGUUUGAAAGACAUGUCGGCCCUCAUCGUCAUGGUGACCCUUAAUGCGGUAGCGCUGUUGGCAAACAUCGGAGUCCUCGUCGUCGUUCUCAAAGUGCCCCAUCUACGCAAGUUUUGCUUAGUGAGUCACCUGUGCAUUGUGGAUUUGUUGUGUGCCGCCCUGCUCAUGCCUCUCGGGAUCGUCUGCGGUUCGCCGUUCUUUGCCGGCGUAGUUUUUUCAGUAUUUGAAUGUCGGCUGUACGUGUUCAUCAACGCCUUUCUCAUAUCUGCCUCGAUCUUUACUGUAACUGUAAUCAGCAUCGAACGUUACUUCUACAUUGUACAUCCAAUGAGGUACGAGGCCAAGAUGACCCAGUGCCUCGCAGCUGCCGUUAUGGGACUGGUGUGGGUGGUUUCUACGUUGCUUGGACUGGCUACCGUUAUCGGGUGGCCAAAUUACGGCAACAGAAGCUCUAUCGCCGCGACCCACUGCUCUUUACAUUGGAGCCACAGUGGACAUCGACGAGUGUUUGCUAUUUUGUUCUGCGCUGUGUGCUUUUGCGUACCCGCUGCUAUUAUACUUGCCGUUUAUGGGAAUGUCUAUAAAGUUGCCCACACGGCCGCUAGGGACAGGGGUCCGAUUCCUAGCCGGUCUACGCGUCGAUCUGACUCUGUCAAUAGCCAAACCACCAUUAUAACCACCAGCACCAGCGUCCGCAGAAAUCAAAUCCCCCGUAGAAGGAAAAAGAUGCUGGUUGGGGGAAAAGCAGCCUUCACGUUGGCCAUCAUCGUGGGCCAGUUUCUACUUUGCUGGCUGCCUUACUUUGCUUUUCAUCUGCAUUUGUCUUUGGGGGUUUCUCAUAGGGACUACGAGGAGGCAGAAGGUGCGGUCACCUGGCUGGCGUACUCAACAUUUGCACUAAACCCGUUUUUUUACGGGCUGUUAAACCGUCAGAUCAGGGAGGAGCUGCGCAAGGCACUGUUGUGUUGUCGAACGAGCAGUAGGCCGAUUCUGACCGCAGGGUACGGACACGAACGUACAGGACAGGAGGACUUUUUUCAUUUUUUGCAUAGGAACGGUGGUGAGGGGGGAAACAGAUGCAGCUACCACAUGGUCACAACAAGGUCAACAGAACAAACCGGGUUUAGGAUACCGGGACAGAUACCAGAAGAAGUCAACUAAACUUAUAAAAGUGAUCGAUUUAAGUGAAAAGCUUGUCAAGUAUGCAACGCAUACUCAAAAUGUGACCUCUGCAUUUAACCCAUCCCAGUGAGAAGUGAACACAUGCACACCAGGAGCACUGGGCAGCUAUCCCAGUUCCCAGGGACCAAUUAGGGUAAGGUGCCUUGCUCAAGGGCGCCACAGUCGAAACCCGCCGACCAUGCGACUCGAACCGGCAACUCUCGGGUUACAAGCCCAACUUCUAACCACUAGGCUACAACUGCCUUGAGGGAGCGAGGAAUGGAGAAAGCUUCAUUGUUAAAUGAGUAGUUCACCCAAAAAUGAGAACUUUAUUUAUUCACCCCCUUAUAUCUUUGAUCCCCUUUCUUUGUUCUUCAGAACCAAAAUGCAGACUUUUAAAAAAGUGUUGUUUUGGGUUUUCUGGUUUCAUGAAAGGCUUGACCAGUUCCCAGUGGCGACCGGUGACUUCUUUUUUAAGGGCGCAUAAUGUGAAGCUAUCCACAAAAUGUAUGCAGCCUAGUCGAGUGGCGGCUCGUGACUGCUUAUCCGAGGGGCACAAAUUCAAAAUAAGUGUUCGAAGUGUCAUGUGUGUUGCUCGUGUUUUCAAAAUAUGUGUUUGUUGCGUCAUGUGAACCAUGUGCAUCACGUGUUUUGUCAAAAUAAGUGCCUGCUGCACACGCGUCAAAACCGUUUAUGAUAAAAGAGACGCUCACGUUUCUAAAAUACACGCAAGCCACUCCCUUAACAAUAAACUCUGAUUAUGCAUGAGAUUAUGCGAGUAUCUGGCAAACGCGAGCGUCUCUUUUAUCAUAAACCCUUUAGAGGCAUCUGCAGCAGGCACUUAUUUUGACAAGACACGUGAUGCACAUAGGAUCACUCGACGCGCAGAACACAUAUUUUGAAAUUACGAACCACACAUAUGAUGGGUACGUACAUGUUGUGACGAACUUCGCAUGGAGCGCCCUCAAAAAAAGAAGUCACCGGCGACCACUGAUGUAGUCCGUCAUGUCAUGUGUGUGGCUCGUCAUGCCAAAAUUUGUGUUGGGCGCAUGAUGCACAUAGGUUGACAUGAUGUGCCGAACGCAUAUUUUGACAUGAUGAGCCACACACAUGACACUCCGUACCGAUAUUGAAUUUGCACCUCUCGGAAGAGAAGUCACCGGCUGCCAAGUCGAGUGGAGUCAUUUAUUAUCAUUUAUUUUACACUUUUGGGUCCUUUUUGAAGCUUGAAAUAACACUUAUAUGUGUUUGGGUUCUGACGAACAAAGAAUGACAUUAGGGGUUCAAACGACAUGAGAGUAAGUAAAUAAUUACAAACUUUUUGGGGUGAACUGUCCCUUUAAGUCUUAAUCACAGCAUUUUGCAUAUUUACCUUUGCUCAUUUCAACCCGUCACUUACAGCAACAAAUGCUUUUAACUUUUAUAAUUGUGACUGCAUACAUUACAAAUUACAAAUACAAAUCUUACUGGGCCUUGAAUACAAAUGUCUUAGAACAGUGGUUCCCAAACUUUUUCAGCGUGCGGCCCCCCUUGAGUACAGUGCAUUUUUUUGCGGCCCCCCAAAAGAAAAUUUAUGACAAAAACAGUUUUAAAAUGUCAUAUUUUAAUUAAACAAAACAUAUAACAUUAUACCUAGUAGUACUGUUUGUUAGUUGGCUUAUUAUUUUUUAGGUUUAAUUACACAGAAUUCAUGAUAAAUGAAUGUAUUUUAUAAAAUGUCAUAAAACUGGGGCCCCCCUGGGGGCCCAGGCCCCCAGUUUGAAAACCACUGUCUUAGAAAAUAUGUAUUGAACUGAUCAUACGGAUAUUAUAAAAUUUAACAAGACUAAUUUAUUUAUAUUAUUGAACUUCCUGAAGUUCAAUUCUUUAAGGGUUCUGCAGAAAAUAUUCGUUUUUUAAUAGCAUCAUUUAUUUACAUUUAUCAAUAUGACAGAAAUCCUUACCAGAUGCAUACACUGAUGUUUUUGAUGUAAUAUCAUAACAAUAUUCAAACAUCUUUUGUUUUCUCAUUAAAACAAUCAAUCUCUUGUGCUGGUAAAAGUUUAAAGGGAAUAAAUGGUGCACUAUUAUAGCCAACUAUUUGUACAUACAGUAAUUAUUUCUGAAUUUGUGUAUUUCUUUUUGUACUCUUCCAAAUGUAGAUUUCACACACAUGUAAAACGUUUCAAAGCCAAAUUUGGUUGUAUAAUAAAGACAAAUGAGUUUAACGCAUUAAGCCUGACCUGUUUAGUUGUGUUGUGUUCACAGCUUAUUGUGUGGUGGUCAUCCACUGACUUAUGUGUUUGCUGGCACAGCUUCUCAUGUCCAUUGUCUGUGAAAUCCAUUUGCUCUUAUUUUCAAAUGUUUAUAUAUGGAGUCACCUAUUACAUCACAUGUAUUGCUCUUUGUUUAUUUACAAGUGCAACAAUGUGACCAUUAUUGUCUUUUGUGUAUUGUUUAGUAGUGGAGAUGCACACA